AUGACCGAGCCCGAGAUCAUGGAGUUCCUUGAAGGAAUAGCCGAUGGAUUCCGGAUCUGGCCCGAAGCACCUCUGUACCAUCGCCCCGACGAGUUGAACCUCGAGUACGAAACCGUGACAUUCCCAUCAGAGGAUGGCGUGCCUCUGGAGGGAUGGUUCUUCCCAUGCAAUGGAUCCGACAAGAUCAUCAUCAUGAAUCAUCCUCGCCUCUUCAACAGAGCUGGUCUUCCAUCCCAUAUCGAACCAUGGAACUCGUUGACUGCUCCAUUGGGAAACAACAUCGACGUCAACUUCAUCCCCGACUACAAGAUCCUUCACGACGCUGGAUACAACGUGCUUACCCAUGACUUCCGAAACUACGGCAUGAGUGGAAGGGGCAAUAAUGUUCUCUACUCUGGAGGACGUUAUGAAUCUUACGAUGUCAUUGGUGCCCUUCGCUAUGUCCGUAAGCGCAAUGACACCAAGGACAUGACCAUCGGCCUAUUUCCAAGAUGCAUGGGUGGAAGCGCAACCUUUUUCGCCAUGGGAAAACACCCCGAAGAAUUCAACGACAUCCGGACCAUUGUCUUUCCUCAGCCUAUCUCAGCCAACAUGAGCAGUCGGGUAACUCUUCAAGCUGCUGGCAUCGACCUUGACUACCUCAAAGAACUAGACGAUAUGGUCUACUGGAGAACAUCUCUUCACUUGGAAGAGUACUCUCCUAUCCCUUGGGCCAGGAACGUCAAAAUCCCGACAUACAUGUUCCAGGUUCGCAAUGAUCUUGCGACUCAUUGGUCGGAUGUUCAGGAUGUCUUUGAUGCUAUUUCUGCUAAGGAUAAGGAGCUUUUCUGGAUUAAUGGAACGACUCGAAGAUGGGACGGUUACUUGCACUUUCAACGUCACCCCGAAGCGAUCCUCAAGUGGCUUGAGCGGUGGAUGAACUAA